AUGCUGCAAAUUAGAGGAAAUGCUGAAUUAUUUAACGGAUCAGCCAAUGCAGUCAAACUUAUUACUCGAGGUCAAGUGAGUCAGGUGCGUUACAGACGUACUUUGGCAUAUCCCUUCUACUCCAAAGCAGGUAACAUUCCUCCACCACGUCACGGCAGAAAACAGACGGUGUUUAAACGACUCAUGGAUGAGUUUUUGGGCCCUAAGAACUACAAGGGAGAUUAUUAUCUGAAUAAAUACGCCUACCCUAACCAGAAUCACAGCACUAAUUACAUAGAUCCAUCCUCGGAGAGAGGUAACUCUUUACUCAAGGCCAAACAAAGGGAUGCAGUCAGCAGUACGGAGAAGACUGAGGAGGGAGUGGAUUUUUCGAGAGACGAGGGAGGCCACGGUCGUCAGAGAAGACCUUUGCAACCUUUCCCAAUGAACUCGCACUGCUUUACGGACGUUCAAAUCAGUAAAGAAAUGAAGGAACAGAUAGUAAAUGAUGUGGUUAAAUUGAAAAUGCCUUCACAAAAUGUGGCAUUGAAAUAUGGAUUAAAAAUCCAGAGAAUUGAGGCAAUAGUGAAGUUGAGCCAAGUGGAAGAUAGCUGGAAGAAAGCUGGACUGAUAACAAAGGAUUUGCAACGAAUGAGCGACGUUAUGUACAAUAUGUUCCCAUUGUAUGAUGCAUCCAAGAAUGGAGAGAACUUGACUGAAAUUCCUAUUCCAGAGGAGACCACUCAAUCUAGGUUCGUCACUAUUGCUGAAUCUGAGCCAUUCGGGCCUGUGGAUGCUGCCAGGGAGUUUGGUCUAGAGCCUGCUGCCGUUACUUUGCAGAAGCUUUCUGAAGGUGGAGAGCACUCAGCACACAGUAAUAGGGCUUCUCACGGUACAGACACCAAGUCCUUUGUCGCCAAGAUGCACGAGGGAGAUAGAUCUGCUUUUAGAUUUACUGACGUUAAGGUGGGACAAGUGGGUUACAGGUACGGUAAGUCUUUCAGAGAUAAUAGAAAGGACAGAAAGAUCGGUUUCGAUGCUUCGGGUAAGAUGGUUUACUUGCUUGAUUAG